CUUGAUUGACUGGGUAGCGUGGCUUCGGGGAAGGGCUUCCUCCCCUUUUCUCAGACUAGGAGCCCUGGAAAAUGGAGAAGCUGUGCUAAUAGAGGGGGGCCAGAAAUCCCCACUCUAGAAUGCUGUAGAAUGUUGGGAGACACCCAGGAUGUGAGCCAGGGACUUUCUGGAAGUGUUUGUUCUGGCCCCACCCGACCCCAGGCAGUCCCCAGCUGUCUGCACAGUCGGAUGGGGAGGGGGCUUGCACAGAGUUGGAGCCAGAGGAGAGAGCUGGCUCAUCCCCUACGGUAGGAUGGGGAAACCUCACAGACCACAUUGUCACCCGGCCUCAGCUCUCCGCCCCGGCGCUCAGAGGGUAACUCUCACCCACCUCGUCCGCUUCUCUGAACCAGAGUGACCCAGGCUGCGCUCCGCCCCGCUCUCCUACCCCGAGUUGGCACGGAGGCCCGGCAGCCAUGGCGGUGGAAGGAGGAAUGAAAUGUGUGAAGUUCUUGCUCUACGUCCUCCUGCUGGCCUUUUGCGCCUGUGCAGUGGGACUGAUUGCCGUGGGUGUCGGGGCACAGCUUGUCCUGAGUCAGACCAUAAUCCAGGGGGCUACCCCUGGCUCUCUGUUGCCAGUGGUCAUCAUCGCAGUGGGUGUCUUCCUCUUCCUGGUGGCUUUUGUGGGCUGCUGCGGGGCCUGCAAGGAGAACUAUUGUCUUAUGAUCACGUUUGCCAUCUUUCUGUCUCUUAUCAUGUUGGUGGAGGUGGCCGCAGCCAUUGCUGGCUAUGUGUUUAGAGAUAAGGUGAUGUCAGAGUUUAAUAACAACUUCCGGCAGCAGAUGGAGAAUUACCCGAAAAACAACCACACUGCUUCGAUCCUGGACAGGAUGCAGGCAGAUUUUAAGUGCUGUGGGGCUGCUAACUACACAGAUUGGGAGAAAAUCCCUUCCAUGUCGAAGAACCGAGUCCCCGACUCCUGCUGCGUUAAUGUUACUGUGGGCUGUGGGAUUAAUUUCAACGAGAAGGCGAUCCAUAAGGAGGGCUGUGUGGAGAAGAUUGGGGGCUGGCUGAGGAAAAAUGUGCUGGUGGUAGCUGCAGCAGCCCUUGGAAUUGCUUUUGUCGAGGUUUUGGGAAUUGUCUUUGCCUGCUGCCUCGUGAAGAGUAUCAGAAGUGGCUACGAGGUGAUGUAGGGGUCUGGUCUCCUCAGCCUCCUCAUCUGGGGGAGUGGAAUAGUAUCCUCCAGGUUUUUCAAUUAAACGGAUUAUUUUUUCAGACCGAAAA